GGGUCAGGGGUUAGUGAGCCGGAAGUGAGUGUAAUAAAGUUUCUCCAGGGAGGCAGGGCCCGGGAAGAAAGUUGGAGCGGUAACCUAAGCUGGCAGUGGCGUGAUCCAGAACCAAAUCGGCCCGCGGUGCGGUGCGGAGACUCCAUGAAGCCCUGUACAUGGGCUGUGUGGAGGUCCUGCAGUCAAUGCGUGCCCUGGACUUCAACACCGGGACUCAGGUCACCAGGGAGGCCAUCAGUCUGGUGUGUGAGGCUGUGCCGGGUGCUAAGGGGGCGACAAGGAGGAGAAAGCCCUGUAGCCGCCUGCUCAGCUCUAUCCUGGGAAGGAGUAACCUGAAAUUUGCUGGAAUGCCAAUCACUCUCACCAUCUCCACCAGCAGCCUCAACCUCAUGGCCGCAGACUGCAAGCAGAUCAUCGCCAACCACCACAUGCAAUCUAUCUCAUUUGCAUCCGGCGGGGAUCCGGACACCGCUGAGUGUGUCGCCUAUGUUGCCAAAGACCCUGUGAAUCAGAGAGCCUGCCACAUUCUGGAGUGUCCUGAAGGGCUUGCCCAGGAUGUCAUCAGCACCAUUGGCCAGGCCUUCGAGUUGCGCUUCAAACAAUACCUCAGGAACCCACCCAAACUGGUCACCCCUCAUGACAGGAUGGCUGGCUUUGAUGGCUCAGCUUGGGAUGAGGAGGAGGAAGAGCCACCUGACCAUCAGUACUAUAAUGACUUCCCGGGGAAGGAACCCCCUCUUGGGGGGGUAGUAGACAUGAGGCUUCGGGAAGGAGCCACUCCACCCACUGCCCAGACCCCCAGCCACUUGGGAGCUGCACUGCCUAUAGGACAGCCUGUUGGAGGAGAUCCAGAAGUCCGAAAACAGAUGCCACUUCCACCGCCCUGUCCAGCAGGCAGAGAGCUCUUUGAUGAUCCCUCCUAUGUCAAUGUCCAGAACGUAGACAAGGCCCGGCAAGCAGGGGGUGGUGCUGGGCCCCCGAAUCCUGCCAUCAAUGGCAGCACACCCCGGGACCUAUUUGACAUGAAGCCCUUUGAAGAUGCUCUUCGGGUGCCUCCACCUCCCCAGUCGGUGACUAUGGCUGAGCAGCUCCGAGGGGAGCCCUGGUUCCAUGGGAAGCUGAGCCGACGGGAGGCCGAGGCACUGCUGCAGCUCAACGGGGACUUCCUGGUGCGGGAGAGCACGACCACACCUGGCCAGUAUGUGCUCACUGGCUUGCAGAGUGGGCAGCCCAAGCAUCUGCUACUGGUGGACCCUGAGGGUGUGGUUCGGACAAAGGAUCACCGCUUUGAGAGUGUCAGCCACCUCAUCAGCUACCACAUGGACAAUCACUUGCCCAUCAUCUCUGCGGGCAGCGAACUGUGUCUACAGCAACCUGUGGAGCGGAAACUGUGAUCUGCCCCAGUGCUGUCUUCCAGAAGAUGCCCUCCAGUCCCCUCCACCCUAUUCCCUAACUCUCGGGACCUCAUUUGGGAGUGUUCUGUGGGCUUGGCCUUGUGUCAGAGCUGGGAGUAGUGUGGACACUGGGUUUUGUAUCCAGCUGAGUGAGUCUGAGUCAGAAGCCUGGGGAAGAAUCCUACUUCUCCCCAAACAUUAAUCACCAAAGUAUUAAUGUACAGAGUGGCCCCUUACCUGGGCCUCUCCUGUGCCAACCUGAUGCCCCUUCCCCAAGAAGGUGAGUGCUUGUCAUAGAAAAUGUCCUGUGGUGACAGGCCCAGUGGAACAGUCACCCUUCUGGGCAAGGGGGAACGAAUCACACCUGUGGGCUUCAGGAUACCCCAGACCCCUCUCAGCGCCCCCCCAACCCCCAUGUUUAAACUUUGUGCCUUUGACCAUCUCUUAGGUCUGAAGAUAUUUUAUGCAAAGAGUUCUUGGGCCCCUGAGUUCAAUGACAGGGAUGCCAACACCUUCUUGGCUUCUGGGACCUGUCUUCCCCUUGCUCAGCAUCCUCUCCGGUUUGGGCUGGGAGAACAGAGGCAGGAGUGGCAACUGUCCCCUCUCCCUGGGGAUAUGCAACCCUUAGAGAUUGUUCCAGAGCCCCCCUCCCGGCCAGGGGGGAGAUGGACCCCUCCCUUGCUCAGUGCCUCCUGGCCGGGGCCCCUCACCCCAAGGGGUCUGUAUAUACAUUUCGUAAGGCCCGCCCUCCCAUGUUGCAUGCCUGUUGUACUCUACAGCCAAAGUGCUUCCUCCUCCAGCCUGUGCCCUGCCUCCCCUUUGGGAUGGGAGGUGGGGUGACGAAUUUGGGCCCCUUGUACAGUUAACUCUCCCAGGUGGAUUUUGUGGAGGUGAGAAAAGGGGCAUUGAAACUCUAAAGCAGUAGACAAUCCCCA